AUUUAAACUGUAGGAGCGAGGAUGAAUAUGCUCAUAGGAUCAUUGGCCCCUGAUAAGCCAGCUGGACUCCUGAGUCACUACACAUACAGGGGCGAAAUCUUCACGUCGGCUUUCCCGUUGAAAAUGAACGGUCGGAAUCCGCUUCUCCACGUGGACCUCCAAAUCGAUGAGCGCGAACCUCGGAGAGGAAUCCUGGAGCUCCUAAGCAGACUGCGUCCUCAUUGGAAGCCGACGGACAUUCAGAUGAAGACGUUCACAGAAGGGAUCACCAACCAGCUGAUCGGCUGCUACGUGGCCUCCCUCCAGGAGCCCGGCUGCGUCCUGGUGCGUCUGCACGGCAAGAUGACGGAGCUCUACGUGAACAGGGACCGCGAGGUGGAGAUGCUGCAGGUGUUCCACAGCCACGGCUGCGGCCCGCAGAUCUACUGCAGCUUCCAGAACGGCAUCUGCUACGAGUUUGUGAGAGGGACGGUGCUGGAAGACGAGCUGCUGCGGCAGCCCUCCAUCUACAGAUUGAUUGCAGCGGAGAUGGGGAGAAUCCACGCCAUCCAGCCCAAAUGCGGCCCGCCCGUCGAACCGUUUCUCUGGACCAAGAUGUCCCACUUUCUGACCCUGGCGCAGAGCGGCUUCAGCAGCGGCCGCACGAAGAGUGCCGCGGCUCCCCAAGAGGUGCCGAGCUUCGAGACCCUGUCGGUCGAACUGGAGUCCCUGAAGAGAUGCCUCUCGCAGGUGGACUCGCCGACCGUCCUCUGCCACAACGACCUGCUGACCAAAAACAUCAUCUACAACCACAAAGAGGGAAUGGUGAAAUUCAUUGACUACGAGUACGCCGAUUACAACUACCAGGCCUUCGAUAUUGGCAAUCACUUCAAUGAAUUUGCCGGCGUGAACGAUGUGAACUACAGCCUCUACCCGAGCCAGGAGCUGCAGCGGGAUUGGCUGAGGGCCUACCUGGAGAGCUACAAGCACAGCACAGGAAGUGAGGUCACGGUCACCGAGGCGGAAGUUACGCAACUCUACGUCCAAGUCUGCAAGUUCUCCCUGGCGUCAAACUUCUUCUGGGGUCUUUGGGGCAUCCUGCAAUCACGCCUCUCCUCGAUUGACUUUGACUUCCUGAGGUAUGCCGCGGCACGACUCGGCUACUACUUUGAGAAGAAAGAGGAAUAUUUUGGAUUGACAAUGAGCGUAAAAAACUGAGGAGAAAGGACCAGUGUAUUAAAAAAAAUAUAAGAAAUCUGACGCGGCAUCGCCGUGCCGUGAGUCCCGAGAAGAGUUCUCAAACGAAGGCAUGCGAUGCAAUGCACCCCUCCCCCCACGCCCCUCCCCCGGUGUUUGUUAUUUCAUGCCGUAGUGUGAGAUAAUGUGUUUAGCUAUCAUUGUGAUUUUUUAAAAUAUUCGUUUCACCGCAGUCUGUAUACCGAUAAGCCUUUUUGGAACAUUGCGAUGAAGGCCGUGCCAGAAACACAUUAAUCGUUGCCACAUUUAGCCGAGUCGCUUAAAGCCACAAAAACUGAGCCCGAUCAUAAAACCCACGAGGGGUUAUUUGCAUGCUUAUUCAGAGUGUACCACAGUUCUGAUGGAAAACAAGGUUCAACUUAUUUACUGUACCACGUAGUGCAUUAUUAGACGUUUGUAUCUGGGGUCAUUGUUGUAAAGCUGCUUUUUGUCCUACCAUGGUAUUAUGUACAUCGAUUAGACAGUACAUUGUGAAUUAAUUACCAUUUUAAGUGUUAAAACUGCAUGUAAAUACAGUGUUAAACAGUAUUAUGUCCUGAAAUGGGUGCGCAGCGUGAAUCGCCCCACAACUUUGUCGUUUUUUUCUUCCAAUUAUAAAAUGUUUAAAACUCAGAGAAACAAAUAAAAAGCAUCUUUCUUCGCUGGCUGAAAAGGUU